AUGCUGUUUUUUCUAGCAAUCGCGAUUGCAAUUGGGGUGAGUUUAUUCAUGAUCAAGAGGAAUAAAUGUGAACUGGAUGAGGGCUGUAAUGAUAAAUUGGUUGAGUCUGAAUACCCUCCGGGCCCACCGCCGUUCCCAUUGGUCGGGAAUUUCCCACAAGUAAGGGGAAAUAGGGCGGAUAUGAGGAAACAUAUUACUUUAGAUCGACCUGGCCCAACCUCACAAAACGAUGAACGAAUGGAAAGAGCGAUACGGCGAGGUGUUCACGGUCUACUUGCCGAAGCCAGUGGUUGUUCUAGCUGGUGCGAGAGCUCUGCAUGAGGCCUUGGUUCAAAAAGGUAAAAGAAUGACGUCAUUUUUACAAAAAUAUGGAAAUGUCGAUAUUUGCAAGAGUUGUGGGUAACAUAACUAUUUUAGGUGAGCACUUCACCGGGCGUCCUACUACUUAUUUGUACACCUUGUUCACCCGCCACUCCCCUGAUGGCGAUGGAAUAAUUCUGUGCCGCGGCCCAAGAUGGCAGGCACAACGACGAAUUGCCCUCAGGGCAUUUAGGGGAUUUGGUAUGGGGAAGAAGGAAAUGGAAGCUAGAAUCAUGCAUCAUGCGCGCAUCAUGAUCAAAAGGACUUCGGCUCAGAUCAAGAAGAAUAACAACGGCCUGAUCACGGACCUCCAUUAUGCUCUUGCUUAUUGUUUCGGGAAUAUUAUUCAUGACCUGGUGAUGGGCACCAGGUUCGAGCAUGACGAUGGGGACUUCUUUCGGUUCAAACGAAUGCUCGACCACACUUUGGAAGGGGUACUUUUAUUUUAUCGAGCUUUUUUGCACUAUCCAUGACAUAUGUCAUCGUUUUUUACCUUUUGCUUUCAGGUAGCAAGUGUGGAGAUGUUGUUGGUCAAUUCGUUUCCUUGGAUGCGACAUAUUUUGCCGAGAUUUAGACGAUAUGUUAGUGAAGGUUUCGCACUACAGAAUUUCUUCAAAAAUGAGAUUGAAAGACAUGCUAAGGCCCUAAAAGAAGGUGAAAUUGCUGAUAAUUUCAUUGAUUUCUACUUGAAAGCGAUGAAAGAAGAGAAACAGCCUUACUUAAAGUAAGGAUUACUGUAUUUCCAAUCGAUUAAAAUCAAUUUUGAGCUAAAAGAAUAAGGAAAACUGAUAUUAACGGGCUUGUGAUGCCUAAAAUAAUGAUUUAGUGAAUGGAGUUGUGCCAUAAAUUCGGGAGAUCUGUGGACAGGCGGAUUGGAGACCGUGGUGACCACAAUUCGAUGGGCGAUCAUCUACUUUAUCCAUUAUCCGGCAGUCCAAAAGAAGAUCCAAGCCGAGUUGGAUACGGUAGUCGGGAGACGACCUUUGACUCUGGCCGAUCGCCAGCAUACUCCCUAUUUCCAUGCGGCGAUGGAUGAGAUCCAGAGGAUUGUCAAUGUCCUUCCAUGGCAUAUUCCGCACACUUGUGAUAAGGAGGUGGGCUGCGACAUAAACAUGAAGUGAUAAUAGUUCUGUGUACUCCGUAAAAUAAUCAAUUUAUGUUCUCCUUCAGGUAUCAGUGUGUGGGGUUCUAAUUCCCAAGGAUUCGAUCAUCAUGCCCCAACCCGGCGCCGUCUUUUUCGAUCCCAAAAUCUUCCCCGAUCCGUAUACCCUGAGGCCAGAGAGAUUCCUCGACAAAACUGGGAAUUACAAGCCCCAUCCGGAUCUAAAUGCGUUUGGUCUUGGGAAGAGAGCGUGUCCCGGGGAAGCCCUGGCCAGAGUCGAACUUUAUCUGGUUUUGGGAUCAAUGUUGCAGGAUUUGGAGUUCCGCGCCGACCCAAGACUAGGGAUGCCAUCGUUGGAGAGGUGCACUGGGAUGACUGCGGUCCCAAAUCCGACCUUAUACAUGGUCGUGCAGAGAUUUGAAAGGCUUCUUUUUGAAGAAUGA